AUGAGACCAUGCAUUAACUGGCUGCAGCCUCUCCUCCUCUUGAUCUCCUCCACCUCGCUUACACAGGGCCACAACUGUCCAUCCAGCUGUUUGUGUCCAGACCACCACACGGUGGACUGCACUGACCAGGGUCUCACCAGGGUCCCGGACUACAUCCCUCUGGAUGUCCGCCGUCUCCUGCUGUGCAACAACUGGAUUCCCUGGAUCCCUUCUGACUUCCUGGUCCUCUACACUGAUCUGGUCUACCUGGACCUGAGGAACAACUCCCUCUCCCAGCUGGAGCCAGGGACCCUGAGCACCUCCUCUAGAUUGGUCUUCCUGGACCUGGGGAGCAACAACCUGACAGAGAUCACCUCAGGAACCUUUGGGGAGUCCAGGAGUCUGAUCAAACUCCGACUGGGGAACAACCCCUACCUGAACAUGGUGGGCAAGGACGCUUUCACAGGGUUGACUUCUCUGAGAGAGCUGGAGAUGGAGAGGAAUGGUCUCACAUCUCUGGACGUCAUGGUCCUGGAGUCCCUGCCCUCCCUGCGGUUGCUGCGUCUGGAGGGAAACCCCUGGCUCUGCAACUGCCACUUUGCCAAACUGUUUGUUUGGCUGACAGAAAACCGCCACAAGCUCCCGAAGGGUCUGGAGGGGAUGGAGUGCUCUCUGCCUCUGGACGGCCGGCGGGUUCCUCUCUCUCUACUGUCUGAGGAGAGCUUCAGGGAGUGCCGUGGGACUCUCACCCUCACCGACUUCCUCAUCGUCAUCUUCUCCGGUAUCUCCGUCUCAGUGGCCGCCAUCGUGGCCAGCUUCUUCCUGGCUUCCACCGUCCACUGCUUCCAGCGCCUCAGCAAGGGCAGCAAAGGAGAUGAAGAGGAGGGCAACGACUGAUGGGAAGGAAAGGGAUUCUAAUGGAAUAAAAAUAUUUGAUACAAAACUCCUGCUCAAAACUUGACAAAACAUGAGAGUGUUAGUGGUGAAAACGCCACAUCAAGAGAGCAUCACAGUCACUGAAACCACCAGAUAGACCUGAUUCAGUAAACAGGUUCAUCACUGAAUGUAGCAGUUUCUCCUCCAGCGUUCAGUCCUACAGCAGGACGGAUCAGAGCUGUGGCUGGUUGGUGGAAACACAAGAGCUCUGGCAGCGCACAGCAACGUUUCAAGAGAAAUGUAUGCAGUCCUGGUCAUAAGAAUCAGAUUGGUAUGAAUCCAGAUGGAGGUGAAUGUUGCCAUUAUAGGUUAUUAAAAUCAUCUGCAGGCACUGAGAGAGGUAAACAUAUUGUUCCCUGUGGUGCAUGUUGGAGCGCUGACCAGUAAAACCUCACUUCUCUACUGUUGGAGGUCUGAUAAAUAUAAGCUACAUUAUAAGCUAGAUCAGACCCAGUAUGGAGCUGUAACUGGUGCCAGGGUCAGCCUACAGGUUCAUUAGUCUUUAGAGAUCUAUUGGUCACUGUGAUAGAUAAGGCAAUCAUAGAUCCAUACAUUAUUGCCAUGAUAUGGCAGACUGCACUAUGGACCCUGACAGACUAGACACCAAUGACAGAACACACAAGUUACUGUGUUCAUCUUUACAUGCGUACAAGAGUGAUGUCACUACUGGACACAGCACAAGACAAGCAAUGGACCAAUGAUUGAUAUCAGUCAAAAGGGUCCUUGUCAGAUCCAGUCCAGGUAGCUGAGCUUUGUUUGGGGGAAAAAAGUCAGAAUUUAAAAAUUCAGCUUCCCCCUCUCUGUCUGAAGCUCCUCUAACCAAGACCAUAUGCACAUGUUUCAUGCUUUAGCUGUAACAGCGUCAUUUAAAUGAUCCUGAUCGUGGUUCCAGUAAUACUGUAAAGCAGCACAACAAUGAUAAUUAUAAUCCUAUAUUCUUUGCAGACUUGUAGGUUUGGUGCUAGCGGUUGUGCCAUGAGGAGCAGCUGCUAGCUUAGUGGGAGCUGUUGGCUACUGUUAGCACAAGGCUAAACUAUUAGCAACAUUUGCUCUCCAUCUCUGAAAUGCUUCAGUCAUUUUGACACAGGUUUUAAUGCACUCAUUAUCAGACUUUUUUUGGCAUUAAAUCAGACUUUGACCAUCUGAAGGGACAUCCAUGUAAAUUUGCAUCUGUGAAGCAGCCAAUAGAAACACUUCCUCUCUGUGAUUGGCCAAAGUCUCCUGUCACUCACUAGAUUGUCUCAAACAGAGCCAAGAGGAGAUGCAGUAGUCUUGUUUACUCUCUGACCACUUGAAUUACAAUAUGGUAAAAAGGUUAUUAUGGAUUUUUUUGCCAAGUGACACUAAAAUAAAACUGCCUACCUCAGCUUUAAGGACUUUAAGAAAAAUUGAAUUAAAUUUAAACAAGCUCCAUCAGGGCACCAGGCUAACUGGCUCUCCUUACUGAAAGGGUUCAGACAACCAGCACAAAGUUUAGAACCGCCAAAAAAUUGACAAGCAACACAACCGAUUGAUAGGUUUUCCACUGUAACUGCACUACUGAUACGUUCUUUACAGAAUUAACAAUGUGCUUUUUUAAUUCAAAUGAAAAGUCACAAAGUGAAGUAGUACUUAAAGCCCUCAGUGCUCCGACAGCUUGUUUCUUCUAUGGUGUCUAUGAAACAGAAAGUCUAAACCAUCUAUUGGUGUAACUGAUCCAGAUCAUGUGGGCUCUCCUCUUUACAUCCAUCACACGCUGCCUGAGUCCAGACCUUUGUUUACUGUGAUGUGAAGUGAGAAACUCUGCUGUGAUGCCAGACUGACUCACAGGCAGCAUGACUGUUUCCUCACGUCACAGUAUUCAAUUCAGUCAACGGACGGACGAACGCCAUCAGCACGCUGCUGUCAGCUGUUGGAUGUUUACAUAGGAGGCAUGUGUAGAUAAUGUCAUAAAUUCCUGAUAAUGUAAUAAAAAUCUGCACUUGAGUCCAUUGAAAAUGUAAUAAAACCUGAUAAUGUAAUAAAGUGCAUUUCCCAAUAAUGUAAUACACUUUUUACCAAUAAUAUAAUAAAGUAUAACAUUAAUGGAGGUUAUUACUGAUAAUGUAAUAAUUCCCCAAUAUUGUAAUAAUUUAACAGCAGACCACCCAUUACUUGGGUUCAAGUGGAGAUACUGUAUAGGCCAGUAGUUCUCAACCUUUUUGAGUCGUGACCCCCAAUUUAACAUGCAUGUUGUCACACGCACAGUUCAGAUCACCCAAAAAAGAAACAAAAUGACCAAAAAAAGGAAACAAAAUGACCAAAAAAGACACAAAAUGACC